UGUUCGAGGCACCACAUUCAUCACGCACAGGUAUCGGCGUCAGAAUCGAGUCGGUGAGGCUGGAACGUUUCGACACACCAGCAGGCCAUUCCUCUUCGAGCAACACGGCCUCAUGUCGUGUACCUGUAGCUGAAAAUCAGUCAGCGGAGUUUGUUCUUAGUUCGACAACGGGCAGCUGCGAUCAUGCGGGCGCGAUUAUGGUCUGUUUUUGUUCCUGGGAUCAUCUCCCUCCAUCACUGGAAAGCUGUUGCGACUUCGUACGACCCUGCUGCUGCUGCUGCUGCUGAACGGAAACCCCAGGAUGUCCAUUCCGAUCGGGGCUUGAUACGCAUUGAUCCGCUCGAGCUGCGGCGGCAGCACGCGGCCAUGGCAUGGAAGGAGGAGGACGAACGCAUCCUCUUCGGCGGCAGGACCAGGUACUCCGUGAUCGUGGUCGAGGCAGAGCAUCACACGUCGAACCUGGCUCGAGAGAAGGAGAGAGUGAGGGCCUUCGAGGACAGCACCAACACCGCGGUGGUGUCGGUGCAGUUUACAAGUCCCUACCCGCACGCACCGAUAACGGAGGGCUCGGCCGCUCCUUUCUUCGUGAGUCACCCGGAGGGAGACGAAGCAGCGCCAGUGGACAAGAAAGUUCGGGUAGUGCAUCUGAAGGACAUCGGGACGCACGUCAAACCAUAUCAGGCGUCUCACCUGCAGGCCUCCUGUGACGACCCGACUGAGACGACGGUGCUCAUCAUCUCCGACGAGACUUGCAGGACGUCCGAUCUCCCCGUGGGGAUACCGCCCUCGUGCCGGUUCAACGUCGUUCGGGCUUUUCCCUUCAACCAGGACAGAGCGAACGGAGAGCCGAGGAGGCCGUACUUGCCGCUGGGGCCGCGGGACACGUUCCCCUUCGUCAGCGACGACCGUCGACCUCUCGCUUCAAGGAGAUCGUUGUUUUUCAACUUGCAGGUCAGGCCUGAAACGCAGGGGAGGAGGAAGGAGCUCGUAGAGAUCGCCAGCAUCUACCAGUUGAGAAACCCAGGCGUUCAGUGCGCCACCAACAGGCCGAGCAUCAGCACGAAAGCGUGGCAGGAGCUGGUGCUCGACUCGAAGUUCACCCUUUGUCCGGCGGGGCGCAACCCCGAGACGUUCCGCCUGUGGGAGGCCCUGGAGGCCGGGUCGAUACCCAUCGUUUCGAAGCUUGACUUCACGCAUCCGGUGGUGGGCACCAAGUCCAAUUCCACCUGCGGGGACGGGGACAUCGCCUGGAACACCGUGGCCGCUUCUCCCUUCGCGAAGCAGGUCUCGGUGAACAACUGGCUCGAGCUGCCAGAUCUUCUAGACCGACUGCAGCGGGAGCCCGACGAGUACAUCAACAACCUCCAGGAGGAGUGUGAGGCGUGGUACUCUAUGGCGAUGACGCAGGCGUACACAAGCCUGCUGAACUUCGGGGAAGGGCACGACCUGUUCCCCCAAAAAGGACCAAUCUUCGACAGCCUUCAAGCGGGCUAAUUCAUCAUGGUAGAACAGACACGGGGCGCGCGUUCGUUCAUACUUUGCCGUUUCGGUUUGUUGACGAUGUAUUAGCACGGACUGUUUACUGCCAGAUGUUGAGCAAGAGGUGUUGAUACUGAAAGCUUAGUGCCAGAUGUUGAAGAAAAGGUGGUAUGAAAUACAAGAUGCUGAACGAGAGGUGUUGAUGCUGAAUGCUCGAUGCCAAAGGCAGCGUUGAGGAAGAUAUGUUGAUACUGUAUGUUUUAACCCGGAUAUUUAAGGAAGAGUUCAGCGCUUAAUGCAAGACAUUGAACAAGAGGUGGUGAUACUGAGUUAUCAUAUGCAAAAGAUGUCGAACCAAGAGGUGCUGAAGAGGUGCUAAAUAUUUAAUGCCCAAGUCGGUGGUUCGUCCCGCAUCUUUGCAAUGUAUGGUCGAAUACCAGUUUCGUUUGAUUUGCUGAGUUGGUUUUAGCCCUUGACGUGCUUCAUGCGCAGAAAGAAUAUAGCAGUGGUUCUCAUGACGUUGUGUCGUAAAAGUGUGCGCAUGCAUGUGUCCUUGGUGCCAAUCCGUGGAUGUGGCGUUGUGUGUUUGCUAGCCAUGGGUUGUACAAAAUCGGCACAUGAACAAUACUAGUGUCUAGAGAGACUGGUCUGUACGAGUUUUCGGGAAUUGCCGCAGAUUGUCCGAGUUUUCCCGACUCGAAUACCAGCGUGUAUGUCGUCCGUUGUGUUGGUUCGAGCUUGUACUUUGAGGUGUGUGACAUAGUAGUUGCAAAAGUAAGAUGCCGCCUUGGUAACAUGACUUGGUACAGGUGUCUCCAAAACUUAGACCUGUCGGUACUGGCUGUACCGACUGGUUUGUGGGUAUUCCUUCUACGGUUACGGCCAACACCACAGCCGAUCCCGUACGGAGCACCAGCUGGGACAUGAAAACAUCUUGAUCCCUCUUGAAUUGUCGUGGUCUUUCUCGGUAUUGCCUUCGUGGGGGGUGUCUUCUUCUUUUUUUGUGGAGGCACGAAUCCACUCACAGACUCACAGGUGUUUGUUGUUCGCCGCCUCCGAACUGGGGCAAAGAGCUGCACUCGUUGAUUUUUCUCGCCGCCCGGCCCUACUUUCACAUCUGUGCGUUUGUUCGAAUUGUGUUUCGCGUGACGUGGGCCUCUCUUUUGAUCAUCUACAUUGUAGACUUUAUAGUAUCGUUCACUCCGUUGAGUUUUUUGUUUGGCGGUACGUUUUGGACGAGACGUUUCCUUCCUGUGACAACGAGUGACUAGAAUCCAUAGCCAUCCCCCCAACGUCGUCCGUAACGCGCCAGAACGCGCGGUGAAGCCCCACUUGGGUAUGGGGCAUGGGUUGGGAUAAGGGUUGGAUAGACGCCUGAUUCGCCGAUUUUUCUCUCGAAAAUGCAUACCCGGUAGGGUGCCUUGAAAGUACAUGGAAAAUCCUGCUUCGAAGUGAAGCAAUACUCAGGAACACAUUUCAUACCCCUUUUUAGUAUUUUUGUGGUGCGAACGUCGUUAUGCUCCUCGCAAAGGGGGGAAGGGAGCUAGAGGCGGACGAUGUUCGCUCACCUGUGCGUGUUUCUCUGCUUGUGAAAAAAAGCGCCACGAGGCUAAGUCCGACCAUCAAUGUAGAAGAU